AUGUCACGCUAUGGUGGAGCCAACUACGACGACGACGACGACGACAUGCUGCUCAAGGCGCUGCAGGCCAGUGAGCCGUGCGGCAACUGCGGCGCGCCGGGCGCGACGAUCCCGUGCUCGAGCGGCUGCGGCGAAGUGUACUAUUGCUCCCGGGAAUGCAUGACGUACCAUGCCUCCUCACAUCGCCUGCGGUGCAGAAACCUGCGCUGCUCCAAGUUUAACGACGACGAGUCCGACGGCAGCUCCAGUGAUGAGUCGUACUACGACUCCUCGGACGAGUCGAGCGAAGAAGACGAGCCGCCGCAGCCGGCGCGCGGUGGUGAAGGGCGGCAGCGACACCGCGUUGACUCGGACAUUGAGCGCCGCAUCGAAGAAAAGAUCAUGCGCCGACUGAAGAAGCAAGAAGAAAACCGCAUUGCACAAGCCAUCGAGUCGCAGAUGGUGCUCUCGAACGCCUCGUGGACCGACGCCGACAUGAACCGGAUUGCGAUGGAGGUCAAGAUCCGACUCCAGAAGGAAAUGGGCCACCUCUUCUCGGGCAGCUCCAGCAGCCGGUCCCGAAAAAACAGCAUCUCGCAAGGAUCGCUCAGCCGAAGCCUCUCGGCCGUCGUCGAGGAAGAGCCCGGGAAGCGCGCGCCGCCAGCGCCGGUGGUGCGUCAAGAGAGCGGCUCGUCGCGGGACAAGGGCGCUUCGUCUCGAUCGUCGCCGUCGGCGGACAAGCCGAUGCGAUCACAGCGCAGCAUCGACGUCGAUCCGGUGCCGACGCCGACCGCCGUCGUUCCUGUCGUCGCGGCCGAUCCCGCGACGCCGCCGACGUGGAACAACAAGUGCGCCGCGUUCCUCUCGCUCAAGAUUGUCGUGUGGAAGCUCGACUUUCGUCCGCAGAUGCGCUUUUGCGCCGGCCCGGAUGGCACGUGGAACCAAUUGGCCGAGGUCGACGCCGACGAGUCGUUCUCGCACAUCAUCAUCGGCGACGUGCUCUUGUCCGUGAACGGCCAGCUCCUCACGGGCGUCGCCAUGUCGGAAACCGAGAUGGAAGAGAUUCUGUCCGAGAACGGCAACCCGCUCAUCAUGAAGUUUGGCAGCGCCGACCCGGACAACCGCGCGAUCCGCGAGUACACAGUGCGCUGGGGCAACGGCCCGUUGGGCCUCACGCUCAAGGACGACGGGUCGCCCGAGGCGCUUCCGAUUGUGCAUCGCCUCACCAAGAAGCCGGGCUCGGUCGCCGUCAAGGAGAACAUUGCGAUCGGCGACGUGCUCUGCGCCAUCAACAACAUUGACACGGUCUCGCUCGGGUGCGCGCUCACCAUGUCGGUGCUCAAGAAGGUGCAGCUGCCGGCGAAGCUCACGUUCCGCGGCGUUGGCGGCGUCCCGACGCGGCCCAAGGGCGAGGCACCGCCCGCCAAGGCCAAGGAACCCGAGGUGCCCGUGAGCUCGCGCGGCCUUGCGCCCGGCACGACGUACCAAGUCGACUGGCGCGAAGGCCCGCUCGGCCUCACGAUCAUUCCGGGUCUGCAGCCGGGCGACCUUCCCGUCAUCAAGCGGGUCACGGGCAAGGGCACGUCGCCGGGCGUCGAGUACGCCCAGGUGGGCGACUACCUCACGAGCGUCCAGGGCAAGUCGACGACCGUCCUUACGUUCGAGGACAUUGUGGACCUCCUCAAGACGCUGCCCAAGCCUAUCUUUAUGCAGUUUACGUCGGCCCAUGGCACCGCAAACGGCUCGAUGCUGCUGCCGUUGCCGGUGCAAGCGCCCGAAGUGGUCGUCGAGCGCAAGCCCAAGUCCAAGCCAGCCCCCGAGCCGGUCAAGAAGCCGAAAGCCGAGGUCGAAGUGGACAUUGACGUGCCGCACCCGGCCGACGCGGGGAUGUACACGAUUGUGUGGGGCCCGGACGGCCCCCUUGGCUUGACGAUCGACGCGAUCCCGCACGAGACUGGCGCGUACAUCAAGCGCACCAACGGCACGGGCGCCGCGGGGCACCUCACGGAAGACUGCAUUGGCGACGAGAUGACGCACAUCAACACGAUCGACGUGCGCCAAAUGGAGUACACCCGCAUCGUCGCGUACCUCAAGAAGGUGCCGCGGCCCGUGACGCUGCACUUCAAGGCCGACAACAUCCACCGGUCGAGCUCGUCGAGCAACAGCGGCGGCGUCAACAACAUGCUCCGGUCGGCGCCGAGCGCGUCUCUGCCCGUGCAAACGUCGGCGAGUGCGCAAACGAGUGCGCAGCCGCCUGCAUCCCUUCCGCGCGGCAUCUCGUCGUCGUCGUCGAGCCGUCAGUACUACGACCUCAACUGGGCCGAGGGCUCGCUCGGCCUCUCGCUCCACGGCGCAGAUGAGAAGAGCGAGUACCCGUACAUCACGCGCGUGACAGGCAUCGGCUGCGCCGCGCACCUCCCGCCGAGCGUCGCCGGCGACCAGCUGCGCGCGAUCAACGGCCACAGCUGCCACAUGAGCAAGUGCAC